UUCGGCAACCCAGCAGAUUUCGUGCAACCCACGCCAUUUCGUAUUUCGUCCUUUCAUUCUUCUCAUUGAGUCUAAAAAUUUUCGUAGCGUCGCUCGAUAACGUGCGACAUUUUUUUUGUUUUAGUUUCAUUUCGUCAAAACGUCGUCCGAAAACAAGAUGGUUUCCUCGAACAUGCCGAGGAAGACCAAAAUAUUCGUCGGGCGUCUACCAGAGAAUUGUAGAAAUGACGAGCUGCGUCAAUUGUUCCUUCGUUUUGGUGAAGUAACGGAAUGCGAUGUUAUGAAUCGCUAUGCCUUUGUACACAUGGCAAGAGAAGAAGAUGCAGCUUCGGCGAUCAAGGCCCUUCACAACUCUAAUUUCAAAGGAGCAACGAUAAAUGUUGAACAAUCUACAGGAAUGUCGCGUGGAGGUGGUCCUGCCGGCAGUGGCGGCCGCAGAGACAAUCGACGCGCCGGUCCAAUGAGAGGUGGUCGAGGCGGACGUGACGGAGGUAGAGACGUGAGACCUGGUCCUUACAACGACCGAAGAGUUGACUACAAUUCUGGUGGUGUCGUGUCGGGCGGUUAUGCUGACUACGGAAGAGGUGGCGGCGGCGGCGGCGGCGGAGAUUACAGCGGAAGAACGAGUGGCUAUGAUACCGGUUACGCGGAUAGUCGUGGCUACAAUCAAAGCGUAGGUCAAUCUUCCAUGGGAGGAUACUCCUCGACUGCAUCGAUGGGAGGUGGGUACGGACCAGCUAGUGGUACAGUUGGCGGUUAUGGGACGGCUGCCGCUGAUUAUGGAAGGACAGCUGAUUACGGACGGCCUGCCGAUUACGGUGCGAGGACAGAUUAUGGCACAACAGCUUAUGCUCCCGUAAGUAGCGACUACAGUCGCAGUGCUCCAGUCGAUUACGGUCGUACCGACAGUUAUGGAAGCGGCCGGGCCGUUGAUUAUAAUACUUCGAGAAAUGAUUACGAUCGUGGAUCUGCUGGACCGAUGAGAAACGGUGGAAGCGUAGCUGCCAGCGGUUACGGAACCGGAUAUUCAGAUGUCGGCUAUGGACCGAUAAGCGGAGGACCCAGUUACAGCACUGGAGGACCGAGUUACAGCACGGGAGGUCCGCAAGCUGAUAUGUACAGCAGACGAGCAGGAGGUGCGGUAGCCAGCGGUGGAUAUCCACCAGUUAGUGGAGGUUACGCCGACGGGUACGACAGAGCCGAUCCUUACGGGCCGCCCCGCACUAGCAGCCGCUUCCCAGGUCCGGCAGACGCGAUGCCACCGAGGUACUAAUGCGUGUACCCACAAUCCGAAUAAAUAGAGGCGCGCACGUUAUCAGACAAUGCGCUAUCUUCGAGAAGUUGCUUGCUAGGCAAAAACAAAUAACAAUGAGAAUAAAGAGUCCGCCUGAUUGAAAGAUAUUGACUAUGAGAGAAAGAAAGACAGAUACACACUGCACCUCAUCGUUUUUCUCCCCUUAUUGAACACCAGAACCGCGUUUCAACAAAACAAAAAAAAAAAGAAAAAAAACGAUCUUUAGAUUUAAACUCUGCCCAAACGGUUAGCUAGCGAUUGAAGGAACCGUGAACUAAGAGAAAAGUCGGAAAAAAAGGAAGAAAAAAAAUAAACAAUAAUAAAAGAAUAAUUUAUAUUAAUCAGUAACGUUUAAGAGUAACAUAAGAUUAAUACGAUAAGAAUGAGAAAACGUUUUACAAAAUCGCGAGAUAAAUUUCGAUGGGAUGACGUAAAUUAUUUUUUCUUCUUUUUCUAUCGCGGAAUGGAAACUCAUCCUGAGACCCAAAUAUUGAAAAUCGUGAAAUUUUUGACGAAAUUCAAUUUUUCUACAAAGUUCAAAUUUCAAUUGAGUCGGAAAAAAUCUUACUCUCCGCCUAUUCGUUAUUUGUCUCACUCGCGUUUCAUCUCGUUUUUCACUCCCUGCAUUUCCUCCUCGGCUGGCGAAUAGCAACGACUCGAGGACCACAACAGCUGCAAGAGAAUGAAUUUUCGAAGGAUAUGUCAAAGUGUGAGAUUACGUUUUCUCAUAGAAUAGGAAAUGAUAUGAAUGAAUUUGAGUUUAAUUAAGGGCUAUUCAAUCCGAGUAAGCACUUGUUAGUUGUAGAUUAUUAUAAAACGGGAAAAUUUUUCAAAUGAAUUGAAAAAAAAAAAAAAAAAACAGAAAACACAAUAAACCACGAACUGUACGUUUUUUUUCGUUUUAUAUGUAAAAAAUAAACAAACAAACAAUGUUUUGAAUGUUCAAUGAAUAAAGGCAAAGAGGAAAGUGAUAUGAAAAAAAAAAAAUGCGAAUUUCUUCGAUGUACAAUAAUUAAUAGACCUUUUUCGAGGAGAUACGAUCAUUUAUUCAUUUGUUUUUUUUUUUUUUUAUUUCAUUUGUUUUAUAAUGACUUCAAUUGCAUGUUUUAUUUUUUUCGUGAACAAUUCGCAAUGAAAGCUUCCAAAUAUUUUGAGUUUGCGAGUGCUCACGAACGGUCGUAUUUCGUCGAAAAAAAAAAAAAAAAAAAAAGAAACAAUCACUAUCGAAUACUGAUCGAGUGUGUAAUGCGAUAAGCGAAGACGAAGAAGCGAAAAAAAGUGUGAUGGUGUGUUGGGGUACGUGGCCGCGAGCGAGCGAGAGAGCUAGUUCGUAAAUACCUCGAAAUUCGAGUUCGAGAUAACCAGCAGCGAGAGAAUACUUCAUUCGUCCCGUUAUCCUCGCUCUGUCUGACUCGCGAAGCGAUGAAUUCCGACGAUGAUUAUUGCGAGAGAACGAAAAAAAAAAACGAAACGAAACAAACAAAAAAAAUGAGAAAUGAUAUCGAGCGAGAAACUUGGAUAGAGAGCGGAGAGAUCGCAAUAAAUGCGUUUGCGUACAGAGACACACUGACACACGAAGCUGGCGUGCUUUGAAUAAUGCGAUGCUCAAAGAUCGACACCCGGAUGAGGAUUCGGUGAUGAACACUUUGAGAUGAACUCUAUUCUGGAUAUCAACCUCUGAUCGCCAUCCCUUCGAAGAGGCAAAAUGUUGAUGGGCACCUCCGUCGUUCUGGCUCUUUAACAAAAACUAUCCUACACUUCGGAAAUUCCGGCAAAAGGAACGACUUCUGUGGCUGAAAAAAAGUUCGGCUUAAAGAGGGAGAUUACUGUUUCCCAUUUUGUAUGAAAAUGGCGGAGAAGUUAAUAAAAACGAAAUAUGUGAA